CGCUGAGCGGGGCGCGCCGCCGCCCAGAGGUUGCCUGAAGGGCUGCGGGCGACAUGGCGGCGCUGGGCUGUCUUCGCCUCGCCCGGCGCGGGACGCAGGCCGUGCGGCCCGGUGCUGCGCUGCCCGUUCGCGCUCGGCUGCUCCACGGGACGCCGGCGGCCGGCGACGCCGACAGCCCUGCCCAAGUCCAGCAAAAAAGCUCAGCUGUUGUCCAGAGAAAAUCCUAUGUCCCUACUAGCAGGGGCGAGUAUAUCGUCACGAAACUUGACGACCUCAUCAACUGGGCACGAAGAAGCUCCAUGUGGCCAAUGACAUUUGGCUUGGCAUGCUGCGCAGUGGAAAUGAUGCACAUGGCAGCUCCUCGCUACGAUAUGGACCGCUUUGGGGUAGUGUUUCGAGCUAGUCCCCGGCAAGCCGACGUCAUGAUCGUGGCUGGCACCCUGACAAACAAAAUGGCUCCAGCUCUUCGGAAGGUCUAUGACCAGAUGCCGGAACCUCGCUACGUGGUCUCCAUGGGAAGCUGUGCCAACGGCGGAGGUUACUACCACUACUCUUACUCUGUGGUGAGGGGAUGUGACCGCAUUGUACCAGUGGACAUCUAUGUGCCAGGUUGCCCACCUACUGCUGAAGCUUUGCUGUAUGGAAUCCUGCAGCUUCAGAAGAAGAUUAAGCGGGAGAAGAAGAUUCAGAUCUGGUACAGGAAAUAGUAACUUAUUUAUGACCUGCUCACUGACUGUCCACCUGCUUGCAGUCUUACGCACAAUAAAUCUCUAUUCUUCACAAGCCUUCCAAUAAAACUCUAUGUGGUUAA